AUGACAAGACCAGUCGGACCAGCUGUGGAUUCCUAUCCUGCCAAACUACCACCAUCAACCUCUUUUACAGGUCGCUCAGUUCGUCUCGAAAAGCUAGACCCCCGUCACACUGAUGACCUGUACGAGGCCAUUGGCCUGCCAGAGUACGGCGCGCUAUGGAACUAUAUCGCCGAUGGACCAUUCCAAGACAAGGAAGCAUUCAUCCCAUAUAUCGAACGAAUCUCCAAGUCGCAAGAUCCAUAUCUUUAUGCUUUGAUCGACCAAAAAAGCAACAAAGCUAUGGGAUUCUUCUCGCUCAUGCGCAUUGAUCAGCCAAACCGCGUCGUCGAGAUCGGCUUCGUGGUAUUUUCACCUCUACUACAGCGCACAACCGCCGCAACAGAGGCCUUCUACCUCAUUACCAGUACUGUGUUCAAUGAUCUGGGGUACCGACGCUUUGAGUGGAAGUGCAAUGACCUGAAUGAGGCUUCUAAGAAGGCUGCUGUCCGCUUUGGGUUCAAGCCGGAAGGUGUCUUUCGUCAGCAUAUGAUAGUUAAAGGCCAGAAUCGUGAUACGGCCUGGUUUUCAAUUCUUGACUCCGAGUGGCCUGCUUUGUCUGAGUCUUUUGAAAAGUGGUUGGAUCCGCAGAAUUUCGAUGCUGAGGGAAAGCAGCGCUCUACACUGGUGGCUUUUCGGGGGAACUGA